UCCAUGCUGCCCGCCCCGAUUGCGCUGUGGCUGCGCCUGGUCUUGGCCCUGGCCCUCGUCCGCCCCCGGGCUGUAGGGUGGGCCCCGGUCCGAGCCCCCAUCUAUGUCAGCAGUUGGGCCGUCCGGGUGUCCCAGGGUAACCGGGAGGUCGAGCGCCUGGCACGCAAAUUCGGCUUCGUCAACCUGGGGCCGAUCUUCCCUGACGGGCAGUACUUUCACCUGCGGCACCGGGGCGUGGCCCAGCAGUCCCUGACCCCGCACUGGGGCCACCGCCUGCACCUGAAGAAAAACCCCAAGGUGCAGUGGUUCCAGCAGCAGACGCUGCGACGGCGGGUGAAACGCUUUGUGGUGGUGCCCACGGACCCCUGGUUCUCCAAGCAGUGGUACAUGAACAGUGAGGCCCAACCAGACCUGAGCGUCCUGCAGGCCUGGAGUCAGGGGCUGUCAGGCCAGGGCAUCGUGGUCUCUGUGCUGGACGAUGGCAUCGAGAAGGAUCACCCGGACCUCUGGGCCAACUACGUGAGACAGCGGGUGGCUGGGGGCGAGGGCUGCCCCAGGUGCCAAGGCUGGCUCCACCCUAGGGACGCCUCCCAGCCCCCUCAUAUCCCCACCUGCCCCCAGGAUCCCCUGGCCAGCUACGACUUUAUUGACUACGACCCAGACCCCCAGCCCCGCUACACCCCCAGCGAUGAGAACCGGCAUGGGACCCGCUGUGCUGGGGAGGUGGCCGCGAUGGCCAACAAUGGCUUCUGUGGUGUGGGGGUCGCUUUCAACGCCCGAAUCGGAGGCGUGCGGAUGCUGGACGGUACCAUCACCGAUGUCAUCGAGGCCCAGUCGCUGAGCCUGCAGCCGCAGCACAUCCACAUUUACAGCGCCAGCUGGGGUCCCGAGGAUGACGGCCGCUCCGUGGACGGCCCCGGUAUCCUCACCCGCAAGGCCUUCCGGCUUGGCGUGACCAAGGGCCGCGGUGGGCUGGGCACGCUCUUCAUCUGGGCCUCGGGCAACGGCGGCCUGCACUACGACAACUGCAACUGCGACGGCUACACCAACAGCAUCCACACGCUCUCCGUGGGCAGCACCACCCAGCAGGGCCGCGUGCCCUGGUACAGCGAAGCCUGCGCCUCCACCCUCACCACCACCUACAGCAGCGGUGUGGCCACUGACCCCCAGAUCAUCACCACCGACCUGCAUCACCGGUGCACGGACCAGCACACGGGCACCUCGGCCUCAGCCCCACUGGUGGCCGGCAUGAUCGCCCUAGCGCUGGAGGCCAACCCGUUCCUGACGUGGAGAGACGUGCAGCACCUCGUGGUCCGCGCGUCCAAGCCGGCGCACCUGCAGGCCGAGGACUGGAGGACCAACGGCGUGGGGCGCCAAGUGAGCCAUCACUACGGCUACGGGCUGCUGGACGCCGGGCUGCUGGUGGACACUGCCCGCACCUGGCUGCCCACCCAACCGCAGAGGAAGUGUGCCGUCCGGGUCCAGAACCGCCCCACCCCCAUCCUGCCGCUGAUCCACAUCAGGAAAAAUGUAUCGGCCUGCGCCGGCCGCCGCAACUCCAUCCGCUCCCUGGAACACGUGCAGGCGCAGCUGACGCUGUCCUACAGCCGGCGCGGAGACCUGGAGGUCUCGCUCACCAGCCCCUUGGGCACGCGCUCCACACUCGUGGCCGUACGACCCUUGGACGUCAGCACUGAAGGCUACAACAACUGGUUCUUCAUGUCCACCCACUUCUGGGAUGAGAACCCACAGGGCGUGUGGACCCUGGGCCUGGAGAACAAGGGCUACUAUUUCAACACGGGGACGUUAUACCGCUACACGCUGCUGCUCUAUGGGACGGCCGAGGACAUGACAGCGCGGCCUACAGGCCCCCAGGUGACCAGCAGCGCGUGUGUGCAGCGGGACACAGAGGGGCUGUGCCAGGCAUGUGACGGCCCCGCCUACAUCCUGGGACAGCUCUGCCUGGCCUACUGCCCCCCGCGGUUCUUCAACCACACAAGGCUGGUGACCGCCAGGCCUGGGCAGACGGCGGCGCCCGCGCUGAGGGUCUGCUCCAGCUGCCACGCCUCCUGCUACACCUGCCGCGGCGGCUCCCCGAGGGACUGCACCUCCUGUCCCCCGCCCUCCACGCUGGACCAGCAGCAGGGCUCCUGCGUGGGACCCACCACCCCCGACCGCCACCCCCGGCUUAGAGCUGCUGCCUGUCCCCACCACCGCUGCCCAGCCUCGGCCAUGGUGCUGGGGCUCCUGGCCAUGACCCUAGGAGGCCCCGUCCUCUGCGGCAUGUCCAUGGACCUCCCACCAUACGCCUGGCUCUCCCGUGCCAGGGCCACCCCCACCAAACCCCAGGUCCGGCUGCCAGCUGGAACUCGAAGUUGUCAGCUCAGAAAGCGACCUCAUCCCCGCCUGGGUCCCUGAUGGGCACUGCUGCUCUGCUGCCUCCCCAGGCUGGCCCCAGAGGAGCAAGCACCAGCCCCCGACGCCUGGCCUGCCAGGGCUGGGCCCCGUAGAACCCCGCAGCCUGGGGAGAGAGAGAAGUCUCCUCCGCAUUUUGGGUUUGUGUGGGAGUGGGCUGGGGGGAGAGGCUGGAGCACCCCAAAGCCAGGGGAAGGUGGCGGGAGAGAAACGUGACACUGUCCGUCUCGGGCACCGCGUCCAACCUCAGAGUUUGCAAAUAAAGGUUGCGUAGAAGGUG